GGCCAGCCGAGCGAGCCGAGCCGGCAGGAUGAGGUCCCCCGCGGACACCCCGCCCACUACUGGGCCGGAUUCCGCUGCCUGGCCGAGUGCGUGGCCUGCUUCGGCACCGCCCAGCCCCUGCCACGCCGCGCUCUGCUACGUGCCGCGCCGGGUGCGCUACAAGCUGUGCCGGGACCCCGCCGCCGGCGGCUCGGGCCGCUCCCUGCUCAGCGUCAGCGAGAGCCCGGGCCGCGCCCGGGGCAGCAAGAAGCUCGCCAAGGUCGCCGUCGAGCUGCGCAAGGGCACGUGCGUGCAGGCCACCGGCGAGGAGUAUUGCAACAGCCAGGGGCUGUGGGUGAAGCUGAGCCAGGAGCAGCUGCAGGAGUACAAAGGCAGCUGUGAGCUGGAGGAAGGCUGGAUCCUGGUGUGCAAACAUGCCGAGGGAGGGGACCGCCUGGUCCCAGUCGAGUCCACCGACAGAAUCCAGAGGCAGCAGCAGCUGUUCGGGGUGGAUUAUAAACCCGUGAUCAGGUGGGAGCAGGUGGUGGAUCUGACGUACUCCCUGCGGCUCGGCGCGAAACCCAGAACCAUGGAGCAGGACGAGGCAGCGGUGCAGAAGCUCCGGUUUGUGCCCCCGACAUGGAGUUAUGAGUGCGACGAGGACCUGGUGCAUUUCUUGUACGAUCACCUGGGGAAGGAGGACGAGAACCUGGGAAGCGUCAAGCAGUAUGUGGAGAGCAUCGACGUGUCGUCCUACACGGAAGACUUCAACGUGUCGUGUCUGACGGACGGCAACGCGGACACCUACUGGGAGAGCGACGGCUCCCAGGGCCAGCACUGGGUGCGGCUCACCAUGAAGAAAGGCACCAUCGUCAAGAAGCUCUUGCUGACAGUGGACACGACGGACGAGAACUUCAUGCCCCGGAGGAUCAUGGUGUACGGUGGGGAGGGCGACAAUCUGAAGAAGCUGAGCGACGUAGGCAUCGAUGAGAGCUACAUCGGGGAUGUGUGUGUGCUUGAAGACAUGACAACGCACCUGCCCAUCAUCGAGAUCCGCAUUGUGGAGUGCAGAGAUGACGGGAUCGACGUCCGCCUCCGAGGGAUCAAGAUCAAGUCGUCCCGGCAGCGGGAGCUGGGGCUGAGCGCGGACAUGUUCCAGCAGGCCAGCCUGGUGCGCUAACCCCGCCUCGAAGGGACUGACCCCGACCUGCUGUACCGGCGGGCCAUGCUCAUUCAGAGGUUUAUCAAGCUCCUGGACAGCGUCUUGCACCACCUCGUCCCAGCCUGGGACCACACGGUCGGCACCUUCAGCUGGCUCAAGCACAUCAAGCAGUUCCUGUUGCUCUCCAAGCGGCGCACGGCGCUGAUUGCCCAGUGUCUCAAGGACUCGGAGACCAGCAAGCCCAACUUCAUGCCGCGGCUCUACAUCAACCGGCGCCUGGCCAUGGAGCACCGUGACAAUCCCGCCCUGGACCCCAGCUGCAAGAACGCCGUCUUCACCCAGGUGCACGAGGGCCUUAAACCUUCCGACAAGUACGAGAAGCCCCUGGAUUACAGGUGGCCGCUGCGCUACGACCAGUGGUGGGAGUGUAAGUUCAUCGCUGAGGGCAUCAUCGAUCAAGGAGGCGGGUUCCGGGACAGCCUGGCAGACAUGUCUGAGGAGCUGUGUCCUAGCUCGGCAGAGAGCCCCGUGCCGCUGCCUUUCUUCGUCCGGACGUCCAACCAGGGUAACGGCACUGGGGAGGCGAGGGACAUGUACGUCCCCAACCCGGCCUGCAAGGAGUUUGCCAAGUAUGAGUGGAUCGGUCAGAUCAUGGGCGCGGCUCUGAGAGGCAAGGAGUUCCUGGUCCUGGCUCUGCCUGGCUUCGUGUGGAAACAGCUGACUGGGGAGGAGGUCAGCUGGAGCAAGGACUUCCCAGCGGUGGACUCUGUGCUGGUGAAGCUCCUGGAAGUGAUGGAGGUGAUGGACAAGGAGACCUUCGAGUUCAAGUUUGGGCAGGAGCUGACCUACACCACGGUGCUCAGCGACCAGCGCAUGGUGGAGCUGAUCCCAAACGGCGGCAGAACCGUGGUGCGCUACGAGGACCGCAAGGAAUUCAUCCGCCUGGUGCAGAAGGCCAGGCUGGAGGAGAGUAAGGAGCAGAUUGCUGCCAUGCAGGCCGGAUUGCUCAAGGUUGUCCCCCAGGCCGUCCUUGACCUGCUCACCUGGCAGGAGCUGGAGAAGAAGGUGUGCGGGGACCCCGAGGUGACGGUGGAUGCCCUGAAGAAGCUCACUCGGUUUGAAGAUUUACUGCCAUCGGACACCAGGGUCCAGUACUUCUGGGAGGCACUCAGGAACUUCACCAACGAGGAUCGCAGCCGUUUCCUGAGGUUUGUCACUGGCCGGAGCCGCCUUCCAGCUCGGAUCUACAUCUACCCGGACAAGCUGGGCUCUGAGACGACGGACGCGCUGCCCGAAUCCUCCACCUGCUCCAGCUCCCUCUACCUCCCCAACUAUGCCACCGCCAAGGUGUGUGAGGAGAAGCUGCGGUAUGCAGCCUACAACUGCGUGGCCAUUGACAUGGACAUGAGCCCAUGGGAGGAGUGAUGCCAC